CAUCUGCUCUUUCUCUCUCCUCUCUCCCCCAUCAAAUUCUGAGCUCUCUCUCUCUCUCUGACAGCAGAAUCACCUCCUUAAUCUCAAAUUCCUACUGUAUCCUCUCUCUCUCUCUCUCUCAUCACAGCCCUCCAUUACAAAACAAAUGUAUAUAUGCUGUACAUGUAUUGCAUUGGACAAAAUCAUUGAUCUCACUCUUCAUAGUCCCUACAAGGGAUAUAUGAUAACAAAAGCAAGUUAAACAUCUCGAAAAACACUCCUUUAGCCUUUCCUCCUCUGUUCUCUCUAUGGCUUUCUUCCUCCUCUUCUUCUUCCUCUGUUUCUUCAGACCCUCUUCCUCCUUUGAGCCCCUCAACAUGGAAGUGGAGGCUCUGAUAGCUAUAUGGAAAGAUUUGAAUGACCCCCAUGGAGUUCUAAGCAAUUGGGAUGAAGACUCUGUUGAUCCUUGCAGCUGGGCUAUGAUCACCUGCUCUUCUCAGAAUCUUGUCAUUGGCUUGGGAGCACCAAGCCAAGGUCUAUCAGGAAAACUCUCUGGAAUGAUUGGAAACCUCACCAAUCUUCAGCAAAUUUUAUUGCAGAAUAACAAUAUAACAGGGGAAAUCCCAGUGGAGCUCGGGCUACUCCCAAAGCUUCAAACAAUGGACCUCUCAAAUAACAGAUUCUCUGGGAAAAUUCCGGACUCAUUGGGAAACUUAACGAGCCUUAGAUAUCUGAGACUGAACAAUAACAGCUUGAGUGGUUCUUUUCCUGCAUCCUUAUCAAAAGGCCCCCAGCUCUCUUUCCUGGAUUUGUCUUACAAUAAUCUCAGUGGUCCAGUUCCUAUUUUUCCUGCAAGGACAUUUAAUGUUGUUGGGAAUCCAUUAAUAUGUGGAAGCAAGACAACUGAAGAGUGCUCGAAGACUUCACUGACACCUGUUUCUCUCCCAUUCCUCUUGGACUCACCCCACAAGGCACCCAAGACCCAAAAACUAGCCGUUGCGUUGGGAUCAAGCCUUGGCGCCACCUUCGUUCUACUGUUCUCCGUUAGCCUUUUCUUCUGGUGGAGAAAGAAGCAAAAGCAUCAGUCCAUUCUUGGCCUUUUAGAGGGAGACGAAGAAUGCGGACCGUCAGUAGCCGUCAGCCUUGGCAAUCUCCGUCAGUUCGGACUACGAGAACUGUUGACGGCGACGGAGAAUUUUAGCGGAAAGUGCAUUUUGGGAAAAGGCGGUUUCGGGAACGUUUACAGAGGCAAGUUAUCGGACGGCACGAUUGUAGCAGUGAAACGACUCAAGGAUGUGGGCUCCGCAGGAGAGGCGCAGUUUAAGACGGAAGUCGAGAUGAUUAGUCUCGCGGUGCACCGAAACUUGCUCCGGCUAAUAGGCUACUGCGCAACCUCAACGGAACGGAUUCUGGUUUACCCGUUCAUGGCCAACGGCAGCGUGGCGUCUCGUCUCAGACGUAAGCCCCCUCUCGACUGGACAACUAGAAAACGCAUAGCCCUUGGAACUGCCCGCGGUCUGCUAUACCUGCACGAGCAAUGCGACCCUAAGAUAAUCCACAGGGACGUAAAAGCAGCCAACGUUCUCCUAGACGAAACCCACGAAGCAGUAGUGGGUGAUUUUGGGCUGGCGAAGCUGCUGGACCACGAUGACUCUCACGUUACAACAGCCGUGAGGGGCACCGUAGGGCACAUAGCGCCGGAGUAUUUAUCGACGGGGCAGUCGUCGGAUAAGACCGACGUGUUCGGGUUUGGGAUUUUGUUGCUUGAGUUGGUUACUGGGCAGAGAGCUUUGCAGUUUGGGAAGGGGAGCGGUGGUCAGAAGGGAGGCACAAUUUUGGAUUGGGUGAAAAAAUUGCACCAAGAGAAGAAACUAGACCAACUAGUCGACCGAGACCUAGGAACCAACUUCGACCGAAUCGAAGUCGGAGAAAUUGUCCAAGUCGCUCUCCUCUGCACUCAAUACCUCCCCUCCAACCGUCCGAAGAUGUCCGAGGUUGUCCGGAUGCUGGAAGGCGACGGCCUUGUCGACAAAUGGGAGGCCUCAAACAAGGCCCAAGCCCAGGCCCAGUCCAACAACAGCCCAAGAGAGCCCAAUCACAACAGAGAAUCGAGUACAUUGUUCUUAAUGAAUAGUGACUAUGAUGAUGGUAGUGAUGAGAAUGAUUGUCUUUCUAUGGAUGGAGUUGAGGAGAUGGAACUCUCAGGACCACGGUGACCCAAAAAAACUAGAGUUAUUAACAGAAAGCAAGAAAAGUGUACAAUUUUCGAUUUAGGUUUUUUUUAUUUUCCUUCUGCUUUAUUUUUUUUUUUUUUGUGAAAAGGGUAACCGGGAAAAAAAAAAGGUGUGACUUAGAAAUGAUUUUAUAGUUGCAAGAGAAAGUCGAUAUUGAUUCCCCCCUCUUUUUCUCC